AUGUUCGUUCAAACCCGAACCUCCUUCAGCUUCGUCAUCACACCUACCCAGGUAGAGCCUCGGCCACCACAGACGCCUCCUUUGGAUCAGUCGCAAGAGUUCCUCAGCGUCAAUGAUACGAGCGCGAUUUUGGGAGACAAUGGGUGCGAUGUUAAAUCUCACGACUUCGGCAUCGCAAAGCCGGAUCCGACUAAGCCUAAAACACCAACCCCAGAUCAGCCUCGGGGUAACCGACUUGAUUUCGACCCAAUCAGGCCGGAGACACCCCCUCUUGGCCAGCCCCAGGGUUAG